UGGAAUGACUAUAGUUUGUCAGUGUAAUUUUUUUUGUAGGUUUUUCCUGUAAACCUGUCAUAUUUAUGUAUAUGUGAUGAGAGACCCUUGUUUUGCAGGUGUUGGUUACUAGUAAUGCAGUUGUAAGGUUAUGGUGGUGGUGCUGGAGGUCGGUUGUGGUGAAACCAUGGGCUUGUAUUUGUGUGGCGCUGGGUGCCAGUGACCAGGGACAUGCCGAGCAUCCAUGAGACUAUUGAGUCUGAUGAGAGCUUCUCUUCUCUCUCUGACGCUGAACAAGAAGAAGGCCAGGACCAUGACCAACAGCCAAGCCACAGCACUGCCACUGUCUCUCCAACAGUGAGGAGGCCAAAGAAUCAUCACCGAGAAAAGGAUAAAGAAGAAGCACAACAGGGAGGAUCUCGGGGAUCCCCCCGAGACUCCAGUAAUCCCCGGGAGCCUCGGGCUCUUGUUGAAUAUUCUGACGUAAGUUCAGAAGAAUUCUCAGAGCCAGAGGCUGGUGAGAUCACAGAUAGUCCUAGUCAGAGCCCUGUUAUAAGCCCUCGGUACGGUCGCCAGCGUCCUCGAUCACCAACUCGUUCGGCAAGACCCAGUCCCCGUCACAGCCUGCCCCAGCUACCUACGGUACCAGCUUAAGCCG